AUGUGGAAGGACUGGAAGUUGUCACGGAAACGAGCCCAGGUUGCCACUUGGUUUAAGAGGACUCCAUUCGAAACAUCCGUAUUAAUACGUAAGAGAAGAAUAAGAGAACUUCAUUCAAGGUAUUCAUUCACAUCGAAUUGGAAAGGAGUACAAUCUAAUAACGACUCAUUUAAUCGGCACUUGAACUGGUUGUUUGUGGCAUCCCUUUUGGCUAGCACAGCUCCGUCAUCAAUUUACCCAAAGUUUCAGCCUCGAUUUUAUGCUCAUCUCCAGCUUGGCUGGAUGUUGGUUUCGUAUGUCUGGUUAUGUCUCUCCGCCUUUUUGGAGUUUGUUAAUAUAACCUUUUGUUUGUCGGACUUGGAACGUUUACUAUAUGGUGUAGAAUCAUUAACCUAUAUUCUGCAUAUAGCCUACAUAAUGUUUUUGGCCUGGCAAUGGCGUCAACGCGUCCAAACGGUUUUCACUGCCAUAGCCCAGUUUGACUUGGAAAUGGGUUACAUUGAGAACUGUGAACGAUCGAAGCACUUUGUGCAACUACAACUCUGGUUGGUUGGCAUCCUAGGAGUCUCCGCCUUCAUAAUAGACUUUGGCUAUCACAAAUGGAACCUUUGCAAAUGGCUCUUGAGUAUUGGCACUUAUGUCCUACCGAACGUCAUUAGCUCUGUUUCCUUCGUCCAGUAUUAUGUGCUUCUUCAGGGAGUCGCCUGGCGCUUACAGAAAAUAAACCAGUUCCUGCGGCAGGAGUUAUUCAGCUUCGAUCCUAAUUGUAAGCCACAGCGACCAACAGUACAGAAACUGCGUGGGCUGCAGGCUCAACUAAUACGGUUCACAAAAUCCGUGAAUCGAGUCUAUGAGGUCUCCAUACUCUUUGUCUAUGUGGGCUCCUUCGUCAAUUUCAAUUUGAACCUUUUUCUGGCCUACAAAACAAUUGACAGGCCAGAGACAUCAGGUUGGUUCUGGUGGAGCUACAUGAUAUUGUGGUUGGGCAUGCAUAUGGGCAAGAUGUUUAGUAUUCUCUUCUUUAAUCAUCUCGUCCAACUGGAGCAAUCCAACUGUUUGGCUCUAAUGUUCAAGGUGCGUCUGUCGGACAGUCAUCAUUUAAUAGAGAGUUGCAAACACUUUGUUCUCCAACUUCAGACUCGAAUUCGAGAAAACGUCGUUUGCGGUGUCAUUCAAUUGGAUUUGCAAUUUAUUACUGCUCUGACAAUGGCUACAACAAAUGUGUUUAUAUUUUUAUUGCAAUAUGAUAUUACAUUCGAGGCAUUAUCAAAACCCGCUAACGAUACUAAAACUGUUUAAACUUGGAAGGAA